AUGGCGGACCCACGCAAUUCGUCAUCCUACUCAGUUGUGCCGCAACUGCAGUACAACACCGUGAGCGGUGUCAAUGGUCCGCUGGUUAUUGUCGAGAAUGUCAAAUUCCCGCGAUACAAUGAGAUCGUCACUCUUACGCUGCCCGACGGAACGGAGAGAAACGGACAGGUUCUGGAAGCCCGAGGUGGGAAGUGCAACAUCCAGACUCGUGUCAAGUUUACCGGCCAGAACCUUAAGCUCGGUGUCUCGGAGGACAUGCUUGGCCGUAUUUUUGAUGGAUCUGGACGAGCCAUCGACAAGGGCCCCAAGGUGCUGCCAGAAGAGUACCUCGACAUCAACGGCAGUCCCAUUAACCCCUUCUCUCGAGAAUACCCCGAAGAAAUGAUUGCGACUGGUAUCUCGGCCAUCGACACGAUGAACUCGAUCGCUCGAGGACAAAAGAUUCCCAUCUUCUCGGCCUCUGGUCUGCCGCACAACGAAAUUGCUGCUCAGAUUUGCCGACAGGCUGGCUUGGUCAAGCAGAAGGGAAUUACCAACAAGGGUGUUCAUGACGGCCACGAGGAGAACUUUUCCAUUGUGUUCGGUGCCAUGGGUGUCAACUUGGAGACUGCUCGAUUCUUUACCCGUGACUUUGAAGAGAACGGCAGUCUGGGGCGUACUACUCUGUUCCUCAACCUUGCCAACGAUCCUACUAUCGAGCGUAUUAUUACCCCCCGUCUUGCCCUUACGACAGCCGAGUACUACGCCUACCAGCUCGAGAAGCACGUCUUGGUCAUCCUGACUGAUUUGUCGGCCUACUGCGAUGCUCUUCGUGAGGUUUCCGCCGCUCGAGAAGAAGUUCCCGGUCGUCGUGGUUUCCCCGGUUACAUGUACACGGAUUUGUCGACCAUCUACGAACGAGCUGGCCGUGUGACGGGACGAAACGGCUCCAUCACCCAGAUCCCCAUCUUGACCAUGCCCAACGACGAUAUUACCCACCCCAUCCCCGAUCUGACAGGAUACAUUACCGAGGGACAGAUUUUCGUCGACCGACCUCUGUACAACCGUGGCAUCUACCCGCCCAUCAACGUGCUGCCGUCGCUGUCGCGUUUGAUGAAGUCUGCCAUUGGUGAGGGCAUGACGCGCAAGGAUCACGGCGAUGUGUCCAACCAGCUGUAUGCCAAGUACGCCAUUGGCCGUGAUGCCGCCGCCAUGAAGGCUGUCGUUGGUGAGGAGGCCCUGUCAUCCGAGGACAAGCUGUCGCUCGAGUUCCUGGACAAGUUUGAGCGCCAGUUCAUCAGCCAAGGCGCGUACGAGUCCCGAUCGAUCUACGAGUCCCUGGAUCUGGCCUGGAGCCUGCUCCGCAUCUACCCCAAGGACUUGCUCAACCGUAUCCCGGCCAAGAUCCUCAACGAGUUCUACCAGCGAUCUCAAAAGGACGCCAAGGCAAAGGGCAAGGCGCGAGCCGAAGUGGCCUCAAACGACAGGCAGCAGGCUGAGGAGAACCUAAUUGACGCAUAG